AUGGCAGACAUAUCCCUUCAGAAGCAAAAGAGCAUUCCCAAUCUUCACGACCAGGAGAAAUUAGACCGCAUCGCACAUCUAUCUACUGAACACCGACAACAUAAUGUUUCGCCUUCACAAAAGAGAGCAUUGCUUAGAUGGCAGCAGAAAGGAAAAGAAAAAAGCAGCAUAGCACUCGCCUGCACCUGGAUUGUGGACCACCAAAUCGCCAUAUCCUUAAACUUCAUAUCGAUACUCUUUUUCAUCCACCUGGCCGUCCCAUCGGCGAGACAUCAUACUCAGAAGUUCUUUCGCAUCUCCUACUUCAACCCAGCGACGGGCACCUAUGCCCUGGGUUGGGACGACAUCUUCUUCGUCUUCUACUGGAUCAUCGUCUUCACCGGUCUAAGAUGCGCCGUCAUGGAUUAUCUCCUUGCUCCUCUGGCUGGUUUCCUGGGUAUCAAGAAGAAAAAGCCGAGGGUUCGCUUUGCUGAACAGGCGUGGAUUUUUAUCUAUCCUUCCUUUUCGUGGAGCAUCGGCGUCUACAUCAUAUACAAUUCCGACUACUGGCUCGACCUACGCGCCCUGUGGAGGAAUUGGCCAAUUCGAGAAAUGGACGGCUUAGCGAAAUGGUACUACCUGGUCCAAUUUGGUUUCUGGUUGCAACAGAUUGUUGUGGUAAACAUCGAAGAACGGAGAAAGGACUACCACCAGAUGUUCACUCACCACGUCAUAACCUGUGUUCUCAUGCUCGCCUCUUACGGCUAUCACCAGUACCGCGUUGGCACCCUGAUUCUGUGUCUUAUGGACAGCGUCGACAUCAUUCUUCCGUUCGCGAAGAUCUUGAAGUAUCUCCAUUUCAAUGUGGCGUGCGACAUUGCAUUUGGCGUCUUCAUAGUAACAUGGUUUAUUACCAGACAUGCGCUAUACAUGACCGUGAUGCACAGCAUCUACGCCCACAUCCCUGAAGAAAUUCAGUAUGGGUGUUAUAAAGGCAGUGUGGAGAAUCUCCAAGGCCCACUACCCGUUCCAAACGACUGGGACCACGUGUUCCAGCCUUUCCGAGAUCCUGUUGGGCUAGUCUGCUGGAAUAACAGGAUCAAAUGGACAUUCAUCUGGAUGCUAGCCGCUUUACAAGUCGUCCUCCUAGUCUGGUUCAUCAUGAUCGUACGAGUUGCCUAUAAAGUGGUCACGGGAAAGGGGGCCGAAGAUGUACGUUCAGACGAUGAAGAUGGUGACGAGGAGGAGGAAGACACCACCACCGAUGACACUCUCAAUCUUGAAGAAAAGCCCUUGAUCGAUAACAUCCACACUUGCAUCGAGCCUGCCCUGUUCCUCGAGCGAGAAGUCCUCAGCACCGACCCCGGCUUCUCCGUCUCAAAAACACAAUCCUCACCUCGCAGAUCAAAAGCAAAAUCUCGAUCUUCAUCAUCUUCACUAGCACGCGCGUCGAGCGCCGGCUCCUCUAGUUCCGCUGGUGGUGGUAGGAAAAGCUACGACUCAGCACAUGCGUCAGGUAUCAAUCUGCUCGCUGGGAGCAGUGAUCGCAAGGAAUUACUCGGACGGAUUGGCUGUGAUAAAGGCUCGACAUCAGAUUGA